AUGAACGGCUGGUUCACGCCGAACCUCGGCUCCUCGCCGUCGUCCCCCGGACUAGCGAGACUCGCAUCUUCCACCAGCGAUGGCGACUUUUACUUGGCGGACUUAAUCGCUGAGCGAAAGAAACUGACUCCUUUCAAGCUCGUUCUACCGCACUGCUCCCGUCUCUUGGAGGAAGAGAUUGCGCGGCUGACUUCGCUCAACUGUUCCUCCUCUGCCACGGACAACGACAGCAUAUCAAACCCUGAGCAACUGUUACCCGACCAGCUCACUUCGCCAAAGUCGCAGAAUGGGCAUUCGCCUACUCCCUCGCCUUUCGAUGGGGGCACAUGGUCGCCACUCCCAAACGAGAUCGAGCCCUCGUUUUCCCCACUGGUGAUGCUCCCGCCGCCCCCGCCAAUCCCUCAGUCCCUUCCGCCGCUCCCGAGCUGGAGCCCUCCGCCGGCACCCGGGGGAGGCGCAGGGGGAAUGGGGGCGGGAGGCGCAGGCAGAACAGGGAACGGAAUGGGGGGCGGAAUGGGGGGCGGGAUUGGGGGCGGGAUGGGAGGGGGAAUGGGCGGCGGAAUGGGUGGCGGAAUGGGUGGCGGAAUGGGGGGCGGAAUGGGGGGAGGAGGCGGAGUUGCGCCGAUAGUGAAGAAGAUGCAGCGCGUGAACGUCCCCGUGGACCGUUUCCCCGCGUACAACUUCGUGGGGCGCCUGCUGGGGCCGCGCGGAAACUCCCUGAAGCGCGUGGAGGCGCAAACGGGCUGUCGCGUGCUGAUCCGCGGACGAGGAUCGAUCAAGGACCCGUGCAGGGAAGAGCGCCUACGUGGCAAGCCUGGCUACGAGCACCUCUUCGACCCUCUCCACGUGGUCGUCGUCGCGGAGUUACCGGCGGAUAUUGUGGACAUGCAGCUGGGGGAGGCGUGCGAAAUAGUGCACGAGCUGCUGAAACCCGUGGACGACUCUUACGACUUGCUGAAGCGGGCACAACUUCGCGAGCUGGCAGUGCUGAAUGGGAUGCCCGAACCUGGCCCAGGCGGGUGGCGAGCGGGACCUGGUUACCCGCCUCGCUCAUCCCCGUUUUCAGAUACAGCUUCCUCUGGUCUUAAAGGAGUCUGCCAUUAG